GCAGAGGGGCGGGGAGCUGCUGGAGCAAAGCGGAGACAACCUUCCUACAUGCUUAUUGUGUAAAUCGUUAAAAAGCAAUUAGCUGCAGCAUCAUCUAAACCUUACCCACUGCUUAGGUGAAAUACAUAUAUUUAAUAGGAAGUUAUUUCAGUGAGCGCAAGGAAAGCAGGCAGCCUCAACCAUGACUGACAGGAAAGCGGUGAUCAAGAACGCAGACAUGUCCGAGGACAUGCAGCAGGACGCCGUGGACUGUGCCACACAGGCCAUGGAGAAAUACAACAUAGAGAAGGACAUUGCUGCCUACAUCAAGAAGGAGUUUGACAAGAAGUACAAUCCCACCUGGCACUGCAUUGUUGGGAGGAACUUCGGCAGCUACGUCACCCACGAGACAAAGCAUUUUAUUUACUUCUACUUGGGCCAAGUGGCUAUCUUACUCUUCAAAUCUGGCUGAGAAGUUUCUGAUGGGUAUUGAGGAGUUUUUCUCCCUGAACCUAAGUUGGAAAUGCACUGGUGGCUGAUGUCUCCCAUACAUUAAUAAUGACAUACCAUAAUGAUGCAAACCUGCCGUGCGCAUUUGCAUGGACUAUACACUAUUUAAUAUGUAUGUUACAGUAAGUUUACUUUUCAAUAGUUGCCAUUUGAAUGCAACUGAAGUAGUUUUUGUUGAUGCUGUUAAAUUCUAGGUUGUAAAAGAUUUCGAUGUGGCCCUUGAUUGUAUAAUAAAGGAAAGCUGUAGAAUGUAGUGGUGCAUCUGCUUUCCUUCACAAGUGGCAUUGCCAGAUCCUGUAAGGAGACUCUGUUCUUUUGGAAGGUAAAAUGAUACUUUACCAGUUUAAUAAUUAUUCAUGAAUACAUUUUCAUAACAAAAGAAGUUGUCAUUCUCUUUUCACAUAAUGACUUGGUUUAUUUCCAGUGUUGAACUGAUUUAAGUUUUCUGGAAAUUUGCAUGGUACAAAAACGUGUUUUUCAUUUGGAUGCCACAUAGAUCCCCAGCAGAGGAUGAAAUUUUAGCAGCCACAUUCAGAAAAGAUGUCACAAUGUCAGACACACUUGACACUUCAGAACCAGCACAAGCCAGUGCAAACAUUUCCAGGGAUGUUUAGUUUCUCAACUCAAAUUUUCACUGUGAAGAAUGAUCGAGCAAUUAAGGCUCACAUACACAGACCUUACUCGGUAACGCUACAGACGUUACCAAAAUGACCAACUCACCUACCUAGGUUUCAGUUAGCAUUUUGUGUUACUGCAUGUUUGAAGAAUGGAAAAAAAAACAAACAAUAUAUUUAAGUGCUGUAAGAAGCAAAGUAAUUCUAAUGGACAUUUUUAACUUUCAGAUAUUGGACCGAACAGAUGUAUUUUGUCCCAGUAAUUCUAAGCGAUGUUGUCUCCUGUGGCUCUUGUUACUUUAAAGUUGCAGCAUCCCAGUGUUCAGUUUUGCUCUGCCCGUGUACUGCCAGACAUGCAGGAAAAACAAAGCAUCUGGAGUUUAGAUUAUGACAUUUUAAUUUUUGUUUUGUAAUGUUAAUAUGAUUGUCUGAGAAGUUAGUGCACAAUGUUUGGGUCCUGAUUGAAAUGUGUUCUCUGGGAGGACAGAUUAGAGGUUUGUAGAUCAUACAGUUAAAUAAAACCACACAUUUCUAGCUAUAUGAGUCUGAAUGUUUACGAGUUGUUUCCCAUAUCAACUAUGGGUCAGAUAAUUAUGAGGUGUUAGCUUGGACUGAUUUUGCUUUUGAGGGGUGUCUUCCGUACUAUUGCUAAUGUAAACUGAGUUAGCAUUGUUUUUCACUAGCAUGUAAUUUUGCUGUAUAUGUGUAGGAGCCGUUCUAAUGCUGUUAAAUUUGCACAAAACGUGUGCCUGUCAUUGCUCUCAACUGUAACUGGCUUGAGUACAAUUGCACUUCAUUAGAAUAAUCCAGUAGGUUGCUACAGAACCAAAACCAUAUAGACUCAAUAAAAUAAAAAAAUCAUUGUUGACUUAUAA